AUGGCUUGUGAUGAUAUAGUUUCUACUAUUUUAUUACAAGAUUAUUUCAUAAUGAAAGUCUCCGGGGUUCAAUAUGUACUGGAUUUGGCUUUAGAUUUAGAGAGUCAAGUACGAGAUGAUAUUCAUCAUGAUUUGAAAUUAAGAUUAAGUACUAAAUCUUUAAUUCAAAUGAUUGAAACUAUCCGAUCCAAUUAUAAAAUUAAUAUUAUAGAAUCAUCAAUUACUUCAAUAGCAAAACCCACGGAUACAACAUUUGUGUACAUUUUAUGUGAAAAACUUAUAAAUUAUCAAACAUGGAGAAUUGAUGUUUUAGGAAUGGAAUAUUCUUUAAAAUCUAUCUUAGUUCCAUUGAUAGAUUUAUUCAUUAAUAAAUCAAUUACUUUUGAAUGUAAUUCAAAACAUUUAUUUGAAUUGGGGUUGACAAAUACUAAUAUCGAUUAUUUAUCUGUUAUUGAACAAUAUAGUAAUAUUAAGUCACAUUAUACAUAUUUCACAUCAUAUAAAACAUAUGUAUAUAAUAUCAAUUCAUUAGAUAAUGUUCAAAGUCUACUCAACAUAAAUUCCAUUGAAGAUUCAAUUGAUUCUGAACUAUUACUAAAUAAUAAGGAUAAGUAUCAAAUAGUACCCUUAGAAAAUGAUGAUAAUAAUAACAAUAACUACAAUGUUAAUUAUAAUACUAAUUGUAUUCAAUUUUCUCAACCAAAAAGAAUCAGGUCAUGUAUAACUCUUACUCAAAGAGAAGUUAGUUGCUUAAUAGGUAAACAAGGUACAAGACUUAAUUCAUUGCGACAAGAAUCAAAUUGUAUUAUAAAAGUAUUACCCCUUGAUAAUAAUUUAUCAACUACACUUACAAGUUCUGUUUCAAUUACAAAAGGGUUGGCAAGAAAAGAUACUCCACAAAAUGUUCUUGUUGUAGGUAAUGAAUCUGAUGUUAAAUUUGUUCUUAAAUCAAUUGAAACAAUCAUAAUUGAAUAUCGUCAUAGUGAUUCUAAAUUUAUUUGA